CGUGGUUGAUUUCGGUUCGCGACGACGUGUGCGCCCGUCCCUUUUGCAGACGCGUUCGGUUGGAACUGUAUCGAUUAAUGUGCAGUUUUCGUAACAAGUGAUAUUUGAGCAAAAAGAAGGAAGUACACGAUCAGCUGCUAGUGCAAAUCGGACGUUUAAAAACACUUAGUUGUGAAAAAACGCUACCAAAAUGCUGUUUGAAUCGGAAUGUGCAUUUUUUAUGUCGGCUGCCGUUGCUGUGUCUACGGCACAUUCGCCAGCGUCUCAGUCGGCGAAAGCAACUCAGCAGAUACGCAUGUCACCAUCCCUUUCAAAAGAUGGUACUUUUUCAAACGGCUUUUUCGAUAUAGAGCAACCUCACUUGUUGGUAACCAAUCAUCGAGAGCCGCAGAUACAAGGAGAAUAUCCCUUGCAUCUGUUACCAAAUCAAACACUGCCGCUACAAGAAACGCCUCGACCUCAACUACCACUACAAGAACAGAAGCUACCAGAAAGAGAACAUAUCCAACAGCAGGAAGAGCAGCAAUUGCUCCACCGGCAGCAGCAGCAGCAGCAACCAGAUCAACAUAUACAACAGAAAGAACGUACACAGCAGCAUAAUCAACAACACCAACAUCAAAAACAGCAGCAUCAAGAGCAACAGCUAAAACACCAGCAGGAGCAGAAACAAGACAUUACUUUAUUUAAAAAAGAUUCUGUAGAAUAUACCAUGGAAUCUAAGAUAGAGCAAUAUCCAGAACAGCUAUUAAAAAAACCUACAGCAACUCAGAAUGAACAAGAGCAAGAUACGAAAAAGAAACGAAGUAUUUUAAAACCAAAGCAACAGUCCGCUGAAGAAUUUUCCAUGAGCUCUAAAACGCCUGUUGGUCAAGAGCAUCCCAAGUCUUCCUCUGCUCCAGAAACAGCGGCCCAACGGAAAUCUUCCACCAAAUCAAAAAGCUCGACCAACGGUAGCGGGUCGAAAAACAUCAGCCCGAAAACCAGAAAGUUGUCCCUGAAGACGAUCAUCUACCGGCAGUUGAUGGCCGCAGGUGGCCAAGGCAUUGGCGUAGGCAUCGAUAAAGACCUGCCGAUUCCGGCGCGGAUACGACCACCACUACGUAUUCCAAAAGCUGCUACGGAUGGCAACAGUGUCAAAAAGACCUCCAAUAAGACGUCUUCCUCUUCUGCAUCGAAGACCAUCAGUUCCGAUUCUUCGAGCGAUGCUAUACCUGAACAUUUCAAAUCGGAUAUUGGAGGAACUAUCAUUCCGGCCAGCAAUCCACCGGCAAGGCAACGAGUUCGUCUAGAUGCAGAACAGAUCGAACAUAUGUGUUCAAUCUUUAUACAUCGAAUAUCGCCAUGUAAGGACGGUUCCAAAGUGACGACGGUUGUAGCUACACCCGGACAAGGCCCAGAUAGACCACAGGAAGUAUCAUACACAGAUACUAAGAUAAUUGGCAAUGGAAGCUUCGGUGUCGUCUUCCAGGCGAAACUCUGUGAUACGGGCGAGCUAGUCGCUAUCAAGAAGGUGUUACAGGACAAACGAUUUAAGAACCGUGAACUACAGAUCAUGCGACGACUAGAACACUGUAACAUCGUUAAGCUAAAAUAUUUCUUCUACUCGAGUGGCGAAAAGAAAGACGAAGUUUAUCUGAACUUAGUGCUCGAAUAUAUCCCAGAAACGGUUUAUAAAGUCGCCCGUCACUAUGCUAAGAACAAGUUAACGAUACCUAUCAACUAUAUCCGAAUUUACAUGUAUCAAUUAUUCAGAAGUCUUGCUUAUAUUCACUCGCUUGGUAUCUGUCACCGUGACAUCAAACCACAGAACCUGCUGCUUAAUCCUGAGACGGCAGUGCUAAAGCUGUGCGACUUUGGAAGCGCCAAGCAGCUGCUGGACGGUGAGCCAAACGUGUCGUACAUCUGCUCCAGAUAUUAUCGAGCACCGGAGCUGAUAUUCGGCGCUAUCAACUACACCACUAAAAUUGACGUAUGGAGUGCAGGAUGCGUGCUUGCAGAACUGUUGCUCGGACAACCAAUCUUCCCGGGAGAUUCUGGCGUCGAUCAGCUGGUGGAAAUCAUCAAAGUCCUCGGCACACCGACACGGGAGCAGAUCAAAGAGAUGAAUCCCAAUUAUACGGAAUUCAAAUUCCCUCAGAUCAAGAGUCAUCCAUGGCAAAAGGUGUUCCGGACACGCACCCCACCGGAAGCGAUCGCACUGGUUUCCCGUCUGCUGGAGUACACGCCGGGCACGAGAAUUACUCCGAUGCAAGCAUGUGCCCAUCCGUUCUUCAACGAAUUGCGAGAAGGCAGCAAGUAUCUGCCGAACGGUCGCGAAUUUCCACCGUUGUUCAACUUCACCGAGCAAGAGCUUGCCAUUCAGCCAAGUCUGAACCUGAUUCUGAGGCCCAGAAACCAAAACGAGGCCGCUUCCAAGGCAGGACAAUCGUCAAGCGGAUCGAUGGAAGGUGGCAGCGGCAGCAGUGGCAACGGUGGUGCCGGCAGCUCAUCUGGCAGCGGUGGCGUUGGAGGUAGUGGCGGUGGAGCUAGUGCCAGUAGCGCUGGCGAUGCGAGCAACUUGGCGCAGCAAUCCUGUAGCGGUGCAGCUGGAGGUAGCGCCGGCGCUGGCGUUGGAUCGGACGAUAUGGCAGCCGCAAGUGGGGGUGAUGCAAACACCUGUCAGCCUUCUGCUGCCACCUCAUCGAUGGGUUAGCUUUAAUUGUGUACGAACGACAACAACCAGCCACAAGGAGCAAAAUGUGCUUUAAACCUAGAGGAGAAUAAUAGCAUGCUCAGAAUAAGAGUGCAAGGAAAAACUAAAGGGAAAACAAUACUUGUCCUCUAGCACUCGAACUGGGCGUUACUGUCUGACGUAGACACUAGGAAGCGACUGUGUACAAGUGUUUGCACGCAAUUUUGAGAACCACGGCCAGCAGACGGCACACAAAAUCAAUGAAAAGUUAAAAAAAAUUAAGUAGUAAAACCGAAAGGAAAGGGGAUCAUCGCACUUGCAAACGCAGCGAUGUUGAUCGAUAACAAGCAAAACUAGCUGUGCGUAAUGUCGGACAUAUGGGACUAGUGCAGAAAUAGCGGUUACGCAAAGUAACGAGGUAUGUGUGUAAAAGUUUAAUGUUAAAUUUAUUUUUAAUUAUUAUUUAAAGCAUCGGGAUCGUCAAGAAUGCUAUACAUUGAUGUAUCGCUGUGCAACAUGAAAAAAUCAUUUAAAAAACAUGUUAAAGAAGCAACACAAAGCGACGCGUGGCAUGUGCGGAUGUUCGUAAUGGUAUGGUCCAAACACAGAAGAUGUAGUUAAUCUGUUUUGAUCGUUUUGUUCGACUUUUUUGUUUCUUUAUUUUUUACUUCGAAGCAGUCAUCAUUUAGACGGAAAGUACCGUGCAGAAACGUGUGUAGUGUGAUGCCCUAGUGUGAGUGUAAAAUCAUGUAAAGCCCUACGAGUGGUGUGUAUGGUUUGCUAAGGGUUAUUAGAGAAUCACUUAUGUUCUCUAAACCAAAACCCACGCAAACCAUCCACACUUACCUUCUCUUACACACAAAAUAAAAGUUGUACAUUUAUAUCCACGAAGAUUACUGCAGCGCGCGCACUCCCUUAGCUGGUGGGGGCACUUCUAGCAAACAGGGUGGCUAACACUAACAAACAGGGUGGUUGAAAAACAACACCGUUCGAUUGCGGUGUGAGAAUGCCGGUAGUGUGUUAGCAAUGAGUGUAUGUACAUUUCACAUAGCUUUGUUUUAGUUUCUUUACGAUAAAAUGCAAAGUGAAAGAAACAUAAACUAAAUGGUUAAACUGAAUUUUAUUACUGCACACAAGUACGCAUGAAACUAAAAUCAAACCACCACCCCAAUAUCUGUAUGUAACAGGCAUAUGAAGUAGAACAAUGUUUGCAACAGUUCCAAACAGCGCGGGGAUGUGUAGAGAGGUAUUUAACAUACUUUUGUGUUGAGAGAAAUCUUCUAGAACCGAGCACCGGUGCUGUAUAGCAACCCCUAAGCCAGCGCUGUGAAAACACACACACGCGCACGUUUUAAGACCCAACAACGAUGGUGAGUGGUAGACUUAUUUUAACGAUUCAAUAGUACCUUGCUGGGUUUGUAAAUCGUUUGUAUACCUCCAUGUGUGAAAUUUGCAAUUUUUCGGCUAUUGAUUAAAUAUUUAAUUUUUAGUAUGUUAUCACAGAGCAACGGUUCACCCCAACAGAACAACCAUUAUAGAAAGGAAAUGAUGAUUAAUAUAUUGUUACUAAAUCACGCCAAGUCCAAUCAAUAAACAAACGGGUCUUGCAUGACUUGAAACAGAAGACCGUUUUAGGUAAAGGGCCGGACCGAUACGAGAUUGCGAAAGAUGCGCGUGUGUGUGGCGUUUGCGUUAACGUCAUUGACAGAACACAAAAAACCAUGUUCAACGAUAUGGCGUACCGUAAAAUAUGUAGGAAUCUACAAUAAAAAGGCCAAUAAAUCAGACCCGACGCGCGAAAUGCA